GAAUGUAUUGGUCUUGGCUCGGUGCUCGCUCCCUCGGGAUUUAGAGCUCUUAUCAAUGGGUUGGUGCCGAUAAGCUUGACCCUGAAACAAUACGCUCAACGGAAAUGACAUUCACGGUCCCUCAAUACUCUUGCCAAAUCGUCUCGGAUUUAUGCGAUUUCGAAAUAUAUAAAGCUUUUAUGAAUACUCAGAUUCAUUCUACGAAGUUCUAAUUAUAACAUCAAACCCGGAAAUUACCAAGCUGCUCAUUAAUCGCUUUUGUCGUCGUCGACGAACUACAUCAGUCACAAUACUGUACAUUCCCCCCUUCAGGCUUCAAAGUUAACAGAUAUGGCUUCGUCUUCUUCUGCUUCUUAUUCCACCGACCCUGCUCUCUAUCUGUACACAUCGUUGACUUCCGGCUCAUCGCACAUUGUUACUGCGACGUCGAGGCUGGAGACCAUCUUGAAAGCGAACAGAAUCCCAUUCAAAGCGCUUGAUAUUGCGACCGACGAAAAGGCACGAAUGCUAUGGGGUCGCAGAGCCGGUAAAGAUGAAUCGGGGCGUGCUAGAAAGAUCCCAGGCUUAGUCCAGGAGGGUUUGGUUCUUGGUGAUCUCGUUGAGAUUGAGGAUUGGAACGAAUACGGCGAACUGAAGCAACAUAUCAAGAUUGUACCUGUGUCGGGACCAGGAGCAAAUCCAGCCAUCAAAGCAAAACCUCCAACGAAUGUAAAAGAGAAUAACAAGCCGGCUGUGGCUCCUGCUGCCCCUCCCGCAUCGAUAUCCAAAUCUGGUAAUGCGAAACCUUCUGGGGCUGCCGAAACGACUAUUACAUUAGCUAUGCGCCAAGCAACUCAAGAAGCUGCACAAAAAGCAAAAGAUAUAAAGAAAAAGGCAACAGAGGCAAUAGUUAGUACUACUAAAUCUGAGCCUGAGAAAGAACCCAGUGCUAUUGUGCCAACUGCAACCAUUCCUGACGAGAGGCACACCUUCGAAACAAUCACUAUACUACAAAAUCCCGAAAACUCAACGUGGAGUGCUGCGCCAUUCUCCUAACUAAAUACCUCCCCUGGAGAAUUUGCACGUAAUUUGGAGUCUUUGCGAUUGCCAACCUCCACAGCUUGGAGACCAAGUGAUGUUGACCCGUCUGUUUAAGUGCACCGAGGCUCGUCUGUAUCAUUAAGAUCUGCAGAUAUCAGAAAAGUUGAGGUUGAGGAAACGGUGCCCAAGGAGGAUGAGGAUGAGGAUGAGGUAUUCGGUUCGAGCGAGGAGUUAGAAUUGAUUGGAUUUAUAUUUGCUUCCUGCUAGAUAUUGCAAUGCCAUCUGUUUCAUCGAAUACUUCCUAUGGUCUUCAAGAUCAUUCAUUACACAUGAAUAAGCGUCUUGGGAUCUGGUGGAUGGUGGUAGCUUUUACUACUAUUUUCCAAGCUGCUGCACAUUAUAUUUGAGCCUCUAAUGGAUGUCGUUAUGGGGCAAAUCGAGUUUUUUAUUUUUCUAUUUUUUUAUUUAUUUAUUUUUAUUUUUUUAUAGCUUACGUUCAUGGCUACAUGGAGUUUUUAUUCGUUUCUGAACAUAUAGUCUUUCACCAAGUUCUUGGACAACUCGUCAUUCUAUCUAGGAAGUCCAGCUUCUCACAUGUUGCACUGUCCGAAAUAUUCCAAAUACUCAUCAUCGUUUUCUUCUGGAAAAAUUGAUAUCAAGUCAACUUUGCUGAGUUUUCGUUGAAGGUCUCUCAGUGAGCGAGAAGGGAUGAUUGAAUCUUUCUGCAUUUCCA